AUGUCUUCCGAUGGCAGCGCUUUCGUUGACCUCACGUCUUCGCAAUGCUCUUCUCCACGCUCUGCCGCGCGUGGCGGCCCUGCCACAGUGUCGACUGUCGCGCUGGCCGACCCUUCGCUAGACCUUGCCGGUGUGCGGGCUUCGCUGAGUGCGCUGCAACUGGCCAUCGACCAGACCGAGGCACUGCGCCGCGAGUUUUUGGCUACGCGACGUCGAGCGGAGGAUCUGGAUCGUCAGCUCGCGGACGCGGCCAAUGCCGCGUCGCCCUUCGUGCUCUUUUACCAGCACAUCUUACUGCCUUCGGUAUCACAAGCAGUGUCGGAGUUCCAAGAUCGGAUCUCUACUUUGGAGGCACAGCUGGCUGCUGCUUCUUCGUUUGGCGUGAUUAUCCCGCCUGCCACAGCUCGUCGCAUAGCGGAUCUGGAGUCCCAGCUCGCGCGGUCCCAAUCUGACUUACAAGUCGCGCGUGAUCGCCAGCCUUCUCUCGCUUCUGAGCUUCGUGCAUCAGCUACGUCGCACAAGGCUGCUCAAGCGGAAGUAGAUCGCCUCGAGGCCACGAUCGAGCGUAAGCCUCGUCGCUUCCGCACCUUGCGUGACAACUAUGAGCGUCGCUUGAAGGUUGCCGACAACACGAUUGCCCCACAUUUCGCCUAG